GCAACGCAGUCGACGCAAAUUAUUUGCGCCAAAUAUUUUAUCAGCAAGAAGCAAUUCAGUCUCGAAUUAAAUAUGCCAAAAAUCAGGAAGCAAAAAAGUUCGUCGUCUGACAGUGACAGCGGUCCUGAUGAUCGUAAUCCACCGCCAAGCAAAAAGGCCAAGGAGACCGGCACCGCUGAAAAGUCAAAAAAGGAUGAUGGAGAUGGUGGUGUUAGCACAUGGACACUCGAGGGCAUGCGUCAGGUGCGCAUCAAUGAGUUUCGCGGCAAAAAAAUGGUUGACAUACGCGAACACUACGAAAAGGAUGGCAAAGUCUUGCCGGGCAAGAAGGGUAUCUCGCUGUCUGCUACACAAUGGAAAAAAUUACUUGCAGUUGCAGACGAUGUCAGCCGCGCUCUUGAAGAAUGAGGCCAAAAUCAACAACAACAACAACAACAACAACAAAAAACAUGAGUCAUAAGUAGUACUUAGUAUUCUUUUUCUAAUAAACAAACUACAUACUUAUCUACACACACAAA